AUGCAAUCAUCCAACAUAGCUUGCGAUGUAUCUACACAUCGGACCCAGACGCCAGAAACUGAACGUGCCACUAUCUCUUUCCCACAUGACAUCUCCAGCAGGGAGAAGCGUCUGCAGAUUUCUCCUCCGCCGCCCAGAACCCCCGAAGUUCUCCUGCCUGAACGCUCAAGGAUACGCCUAGCUUCAGCCUUCUUCGCCCUGCUCACCCUUGGCUGGGGCGAUGGAGUCACUGGUACUCUGCUGCCUUACUUUGAGCGUGACUUCAACCUCAGCUUCAUGACUUCCUCCCUUCUCUUCGUGGCAAGCGCACUAGGAUACGCACUGGGGACCAUCUCAGUAGAGUUCGUCACGCGUAUCCUCGGCAGAGGGCGUUUUUGCGCUAGCAAACUUCCCUCCCUAUUCUCCUUCCCAUCCUUCCGUAAACCAGAGCCCAAGCCUCAUGAAAAGGACGAGUCUAUAAUGGGCUUCUCCAUCUCUCGAUGCAGAUUCUUUACCAUGGUCCUGGCAAGCAUCCUCCACUCCACAUUUUUCGUUGUCAUGGGGUGCAAGCUGGGCUUCCCUAGCAUGAUGGUCGCGUAUGCCAUUUCGGCGUUCUCAAGAUCAUUCAUUCUAGGUGCGCGUGAUCAUAACGUGUAUGUCUCUUCCACCUCAAAGCGCGGGCUAGGGUACAUGUAUGGAUCGUGGGCUAUCGGUGCAUUCGGCGCCCCCCUCGUCUGCCAGAGCGUGAUCGCAACGGGCAUUCGCUGGGCGAACUUUUACUUCGGAUCCCUCGUUCUCUCGGGCAUCAACACGUCCCUCAUCACCUUCGCGUUCCGCCCGACUCCCCGCGAACUCCAGCAGGACGCUGACUUUGCGUGGAGCCUCUUGCGGUCAUCGACUUCUUCUCCAGAUGCGGUCAGCCCCGCCACGACCAUGGUGUCGAAUCCACACCCGUCGCCGACCGAUAGCUCUGCGCCUAUCCUGCCCGCUCAAUGUACGCUAUCGUUGGAACGGAGGCGGCUCAUCAGAUGGCAUCUGCCAGCAUACUCGAUUGCGCUCAGAAAGCCGAAGCUUUGGUCGUCGGCCAUUUUCUCAAUGCUCUAUACGGGGAGCGAGAGCUCCACGCAAGGAUUUAUUGUCAUCUACCUGCUAAACAUCCGUAACGCCAAUCCCGACACAGUGGGCUACGUGACCAGUGGAUUCUGGGGCGGCAUGGCGAUCAGCCGUUUCCUGUGGGGAUUCCUUGGGAACAUCGUCACCUUUCCCCAGCGCAAGUGGAUCGUUCAAGCAUGCAUGUACCUCCUUCCAGUCACAGCAGCCUGCAUGCACCUCCUUAUCUGGUUCGUGCCUUCCUUCAUCGAGAACGCGUUCUCAGCCGCAGUCGUCGGCCUCAUGUACGGCCCCAUAUACCCCGCGAACCUGGCCACCGCCCGUGAUCUACUGCCAGCAGAAGUCCACCUCGUGUCCUUGGCCAUUGUCGCUGCAUUCGGUAGCUUCGGCGCUGCCCUCUUCCCGUUCAUCGCCGGGACCCUCUCGACUGUUGUCGGACCCCGCACUCUGCCUUACUUGACCGUCUCGCAAUGCGUCGCGAUGUUCUGCUUGUGGUCGUUCUUUCCUUCUCAAAUACCCGCUCAGCUUUGA